AUGGCCUUCACCAGUUGUUUCUUAUUGGCUUUCUCUAUUGUUGUCAUGCUUUCAGGCAUUGAUACAAACUUGGCAGCUCGCUAUCUUCUUGACAAGACACCGUCUCCAGCUCCAUCUGUGCUGUCCGUGUCUGCUCCACAAUCAUCACUGCCUUUGCGCAGUUCAAAAUCAAGUUUGACAGCACCUGCAGAGCCUCCUUUGGCCGGCUCUCAACCAUCCGUUUCUAGUUCCAUGCCAAGUUCAUCAGAAUCAACGACACCACCCUCAGCUUCAGAUAGACCAUCUCUGCCUAAUUCUACGCCAAGCUUGACGCAGCCCGCAGCAGCGCCUAAAGCUUCUAGUCAGCCAUCUUUAUCUAAUACAAUCCCAAGCUCAACACAUCCCACACCCUCUCAGCAAGCUUCCCCUAAUUCAAUCCCAGGCCCGAGAGAGCCAACAAUGGCUCCAAUGGGUUCCUCUCAUCCGUCCUUGUCUAAUACAAAGCCAAGCUUGACACAACCCGCAAUGUCACCUUUAGCUAAUGCCCAACCGUCUUCGUCUACUAAUGAUCCAUCUCUGUCCAAUUCAGCGAACAACAUGGCACAGCCUGCUGUGGCACCUAUGGCUUCUACUCAUCGGUCUUCUCCAGAUAAUGUACCAAGUUUGGCAGUGCCUGCUACCUCGCCUUCAGCUACUACCCAGCCACCAUUGCCUACCAAUAAUUCAUCUUCGUCCAAUUCAAUGCCAAGCUUGGCACAGCCUGCUAUGGCACCUAUGAAUUCUAUUCAUCCAUCUGCACCAGGUAAAGUGCCAAGCUUGACACUGCCUGCAACGUCGCCUUCAGAAACUACCCAACCAUCGUUGCUUAAUCCAUCUUCGUCCAACUCAACAUCAGGCUUGACACAACAUGGAAUGGCACCUAUGGCUUCCUCUCCGCCAUCUUCGCUAGAUAACAUGCCAAGCUUGACACUGCCUGCAACAUCACCUUCUGCUACCAGCCAACCAUCUUUGCCUACUAAUAGUCCAUCAUUCUCCAAUUCAACGAUCAAGCUUGACACAACCUGGAAUGGCACCUAUGGCUUCGUCUCAACCAUCAUUGUCAAACUCAAUGCCAAGCUUGGGACUGCUUCAAUGUCGCCUUCUCCUACCGGCCAACCAUCAUUACCUACAAAUAUUGCAUCAUUCUCCAACUCAACACCAAGCUUGGCGCAACCUGGAAUGGCACCUUUGGCUUCCUCUCAACCAUCAUUGUUAAACUCAACGCCAAGCUUGGGACUGCCUUCAAUGUCGCCUUCUCCUACCAGCCAACCAUCUUUGCCUACUAAUAGUCCAUCAUUCUCCAAUUCAACGUCAAGCUUGACACAACCUGGAAUGGCACCUAUGGCUUCGUCUCAACCAUCAUUGUCAAACUCAACGCCAAGCUUGGGACUGCCUUCAAUGUCGCCUUCUGCUACCAACCAACCAUCUUUGCCCACAAAUAUCCAUCGUUCUCCAACUCAACACCAAGCUUGGCACAACCUGGAAUGCCACCUAUGUCUUCCUCUCAGCCAUCAUUAUCAAACUCAACGCCAAGCUUGA